UCACACAAACAAACAUUUUCUUCACUGAACGCUAAACACCAAAACAAAUAAACUAAGACAUUUUUUUCACUCUUUGUGGAAUCUCUUCAAGCUUAAGCCACUAGGGUUCCUUUUUUGGGAGUCUCCAUGAGUCUCUGUAACCUAUCCUGCCUCCUAAUGUUCUUCUUGGGAUGUUGCAAUAUGAAUCAAGGAAGCUGAGUCUAUCACGGUUUUCUCAGUACUUGUUGUGGUGUCUGAACUCUGGGACUCAUAGCAGCAUGAGAAGCUCCACUGGUUUAAAGCUGUGUUGAUAAACUAACUCAUUGCUAAUGGGAUCGUUUGCUGGUGCUUGUGAAAUUGUUGAGGAGAAGGAUGCGGUGAGGCUGGCCAAACAUUCUUGCAAGCCAGCAUUGGAAUCAAGCAAAGACAUGGAGCGUCCUCCACUAAACAAAGGUUCUAUGGAGUAUGACAUUGAUCAGCUUUUCCAGUCUAUAUCCAUAAAACCAUCACCAGGAAGAGUCAUAGGCUCUUCUUCUUUCCAUCAUCUUGAGACUAGAACAAGCGCUGGUACGAGCAGGAGCACAAGCCCUUCCAAGAAAAGCGCUCUGAAGAAGCCAUUUCCCAUGGGAGGAACCCCAAGAUCACCAAGAGUUGGUCUUUCUGAUUCAGUUUCGUUAAAGCAGGCCCUGAGAGAUCUUUGCAUAUCAAAGGCCUCAGAGAUGGCUGCUCAUAAACGGUUGUCAAAGUCUGCAGCUGCGUCUCCGAGGGUUUCUGAAGCAGACAGGAUAAAGAGUCUUUACAGACAAGUUUUGAAUGAGUCUGCAGGCAGGUCUGGCCUUCCUGUAGACAAGGGUAAGAGGUUCGUUGAAGUAUCUUUGACUCCGGUGGACGACAUACCCAGCUCUUCCCAGAGUGUGCCUGAUGUCCUUGAGACAAAGCCUUCUAAAUUCUUGUAUGAAUCAGUGGGAGAGACUGUGUUGCUGUAUAAAUCAAACAACUCUGGAUCUUCUCUAAGUUUUGGAAGUGGAGAUUUUGAGAUAGAGAUAGAUGAGUAUGCCUCAUCUCCUCCUCAUAAAGAUGGUGUGGUGGAAAUAGACAAACAUGUUACCUCUCUGCCUUCAUGUUCUGGCAGCAAAGCUGAUGCUGAAGAGGAGCUAGACAAGAGCAUUGUCUCAUCAGCUAGAGUGAAAAGUGAGCCAAAAGCUCUUCAUUCAGGGCUAGAAGGAACGCUGGAUAAUGUACCUAGUGCAGUAAGAGAGAACAUCAAACUAGUAAACAAGGUAAAAAGAAACAUCCCACGUCCCAAACCGCGGCCAAAGAGAAAGAUUUUGGUUAAGAAGAAGUUAAGAGUCGCUGUAGCUUCUUCUGCUACAAAAACGGUUGAGAAAGAUGAUACUUCCUUAGAGCCUAGUGCAAGCCAAACUCUAUGCCAGAAAUGCCACUGUUCGUUAAAGAGCAUCUCAGAAAAUGUCAGUGUUGAAGCAAAUCAGGAAUCAGUUGCAAGCUCGCAUCUCAUUAGCAUUGUGAAGAGUAGUAAUAAAGAGACCAGCAAGGCUUCCUCCAAUUCCUGUGAGGCUAUUGACAGCAGAGAAGCUGACAUUGUCAUGCAACAAGACGCCAUUCAAAAUAAACAACAAAGAGAGAAUCCAACUUCCAGCGAAAAGAUUAUAUUCUCUCUGAGCUCAAAGAACAGCAGCAUUGGAAACUACAGCAGCUCCACAAGCAUGAGCGAGGAGAGCAAUCUGAGCAGGUUUAGCUGCGGCAACAAACCUCACAUGUCUAUGGACGUGAGAUGGGAAGCGAUUAAGCACGUCAAGUUGCAGUGUGGUGGCUCUUUAGGACUCAGACAUUUCAACCUUUUGAAAAAGCUUGGUUGUGGAGAUAUAGGAACGGUUUAUCUAGCCGAGCUGGUCGGUACGAGUUGCCUGUUUGCAAUCAAGGUCAUGGACAACGAGUUCUUGGCUCGGAGGAAAAAGACGCCGAGGGCACAGGCGGAACGUGCAAUACUUAAAAUGCUGGACCAUCCUUUUCUGCCUACCUUGUAUGCGCAGUUCAUUUCAGAUAAUUUGUCAUGUCUGGUGAUGGAGUAUUGUCCCGGUGGUGAUCUUCAUGUCUUGAGGCAGAAACAGCUCAGUAGAUGCUUCUCCGAACCUGCAACUAGGUUCUAUGUAGCAGAAGUCCUCCUUGCGCUUGAGUACUUACACAUGCUUGGAGUUAUAUACCGUGAUUUGAAACCAGAGAACAUUCUAGUCCGAGAAGAUGGUCACAUCAUGCUUACAGAUUUUGACCUCUCACUCAGAUGUGAGGUGAACCCAACUCUUCUCAAAACAACUUCUCUUGCCGGGAAAGAUACUGCAAGGAUGUCUGGUCAUUACAACACAUCCAACUGCAUACAGCCUCUCUGUAUCGAACCAUCGUGCCGUGUCCCAUGUUUCAGCCCAAGGCUCUCAUCAAAACCAAGAAAACAGAGAAGGCCUGAUCCUUUGACCCAACAGUUCAGAUCAUUGCCUCAGCUUGUGGCUGAACCAACCGAAGCAAGAUCAAACUCUUUUGUGGGAACGCACGAGUACUUGGCGCCGGAGAUCAUUAAAGGAGAAGGACAUGGUGCUGCAGUGGACUGGUGGACGUUUGGGGUUCUUCUCUAUGAGCUUUUAUACGGGAAGACACCGUUCAAAGGUUACGACAAUGAGGAGACAUUGUCCAACGUUGUGUUUCAGAACCUCAAGUUUCCUGAUAGCCCGCUUGUGAGCUUCCAGGCAAAGGAUUUGAUCAGAAGGUUGGUGAUGAAGAAUCCGGAGAGCCGUCUCGGGUGGGAGAAAGGAGCUGCAGAGAUCAAGAGGCAUCCUUUCUUUGAAGGAUUGAACUGGGCUCUCAUCCGCUGCGCCAUUCCCCCUGAGCUGCCGGAUGUGUAUGAGAAUGGUGCAACGGAAGCAACUUCUCCUAAAGGAAAUAGUAAUGGGUAUCUUGAAUGUAAAGCCAUGGGAGAUCAUCUUGACUUCGAGUUGUUUUAGGGGAUAGAGAAAAAAAGACAAUACGGGUCUAAGCAGACAGAAACUCUAUGGUUUAAGUUAUCAAUAGUACCGUUGUUGUUGUAGUAAUCCAUUUAUAAGGUCUAAGAGGUGAAGUUUGCCUACUUUUUUCCUUACUUUCCCAUUGGCUUUAAGGCAGAGAGCAGACGCUGAGAUAUGGCUUUAAGUAGAAAUAAUGAAAAUCUUACAUAUGGGUA